AUGGACCGCGUGGACGUUGAAGGUCAAUUGAAGGACGUCUCUUCUCAUGAGAUCGAAAAUGUCAAUAUCGCAGAGGCAAUUUCUAUCAGUCCCGAGGAGGAGAAGGCGUUAGUGAGGAAGAUUGAUCUCACCCUUCUGCCGACCAUCUGGAUCAUGUAUCUUCUGUCCUAUUUGGAUAGAACCAAUAUUGGCAAUGCAAAGAUCUCUGGCAUGGAGGUCGAUCUCGACUUGAGUUCAAACCAGUACUCCAUUGCCCUGGUUGUUUUUUUCAUAGGCUACGUGGUUUUCGAAGUGCCUAGCAACCUUGCCCUGGGCCGAUCCCGACCGUCUAUCUUUCUCCCGUCAAUAAUGAUUCUCUGGGGUGCUUUGACUUGCGUGAUGGCCGUUAUCAAAGACUUCUCCCAUCUAGUGGCCCUCCGAGUUAUCCUUGGAUGCGUUGAGGCUGGAUUUGCGCCUGGAGUGAUACUUCUCCUAUCAUCAUGGUACAAACAAGCCGAGCAGUCGAAGCGUUUCGGUGUGUUUAUCUCGGCAGCUGUUCUGUCCGGUGCCUUUGGAGGCUUGAUUGCCGCCGGCAUUGUCGACGGCCUUGAGGGUGUUCAUGGUAUUCGUGGGUGGCGUUGGCUGUUUAUCAUUGAAGGUGCCGCUACUGUUGGAUUUGCUAUAAUCUCUCUUUUCCUUCUUCCAGACUUUCCGGCGACGUCGCGGCGUCUCUCUGAGCGCGAGAGGCAGGUUGCUGUGGCACGUCUGGCAACUGACAAUGUGACGGCUGCCACCGCCAAUAGCGAGCACCUGAGCAACCUGGAUGCUUGUAAAGUGGCCUGUCGUGAUUGGCGCACCUGGGCAUUCGUUAUUGGGUACAUGGUCAUCGUUGGUUCGAGUACCUUGACGUACUUCUACCCUACCCUCGUAGAAGGACUGUUCGGGGACGCAUCCACCAAGAAGGUUAACCUAUUGACUGUCCCGAUCUAUGGCGUGGCUUUUAUAGCUACCGGCAUAACGGCUUACUACAGCGACAUGGUUCCUACAUGGCGUGGAUUGAUCAUUGCUGCCUGGUUAUCCGUCUCUCUGACCUGUUCGAUUAUCGUGUGUACAGUGUACAACUACACUGCUCGCUAUGUUCUUCUGGUUCUCAUGGCUGCCGGCCUUUGGGCAACAAAUGGAGGGACAUUAGCUUAUGCCUCGUCUGCCUUUGCUGGGAUGCAUCCGCAGGCUCGAGGUGUUGCUCUGGCUAUGGUGAACGCACUGGGUAAUUUGGCUCAGAUUUACGGAUCGUACUUGUUUCCGGAAGAUGAUAGUCCGAAAUAUAUUAUGGGGUUUUCUGUCAUUUCGGCCAUGCUAGCAGUCGGCGUUGUCGUGUAUUUGUUCUUGCAUAUCUGGUUCCGUCACCAGCUACGGUCGGGCAACAUUCAUUAG